AUGGAACCAGGGAAUGAUACUCUACAUUUAGAAUUUCUUCUUCUGGGACUGGAAGAGGAGCCAGAACUGCAACCCCUAAUCUUCGGAUUCUUCCUCUCCAUGUACCUGGUCACUGUGCUGGGGAACCUGCUCAUCAUCCUGGCCACCAUCUCAGACUCCCACCUGCACACACCCAUGUACUUCUUCCUCUGCAACCUGUCCUUUGUGGACAUCUGCUUCAUCUCCACCACCAUUCCCAAGAUGCUGGUGAACAUCCAGACACAGAGUAAGGCAAUUUCCUAUGCAGGCUGCAUCACCCAGAUUCACUUUUUUGUUAUCUUUGCUGAGUUAGACAUUUUUCUAUUGACUAUAAUGGCCUAUGACCGGUAUGUGGCCAUCUGCCAACCCCUGCACUACAUGGUCAUCAUGAAUCGUCAGCUCUGUGUAAUGCUAGUUCUGGUGUCCUGGGUUGGGAGUUUUUUACAUGCAAUUUUGCAAAGCUUAAUGGUGUUGCAGCUGUCCUUCUGCACAGAAUUGGAAAUCCCACAUUUUUUCUGUGAACUUAAUCAGGUAAUUCAGCUUGCGUGCUCUGACACCUUCCUUAAUGACCUGGUGAUAUAUAUUACGGCUGUCUUCCUGGGAGGUGGCCCUCUCACUGGCAUCCUUUACUCUUACUGCAAGAUAGUGUCCUCCAUCCGUGCAAUAUCUUCAGCUCACGGCAAGUACAAAGCCUUCUCCACCUGUGCAUCUCACCUCUCUGUGGUCUCCUUAUUUUAUGGCACAAGCCUAGGUGUGUACCUCAGUUCUGCUGUGACCCCAAACUCACACUCCAUUGCAACUGCUUCAGUAAUGUACACUGUGGUCACCCCCAUGAUGAACCCCUUCAUCUACAGUCUGAGGAACAAGGACAUCAAGAGCGCUCUGAGAAGACUCUAUGAGAGAGAAAGAUAA